UCGGUGGGUGGACGGACAGUCCAAGGGACCGAAGGACGGCAGGACGGAGCCGAGCGAGGCCCCAGCGCUGGAAUGCAGUUUUCUCAAGCGAGGCAGACUUUGCCCCGGAGUGGUUGACUAGUUUGGGGUGGGGUUUCCAGGGUCCCCUCCUCUCCACUCCUCCCCCCCCCCCCCCACCUCUACCCCCAGGCCCCUUCGAGGCGCUUUCUGGGAGCUUUCAGAACUGUGCUCUGAAGUUUCCAAAGACAGACAGAAGAGCCUGGGCGGCCGGCAGGGACAAUGGAAGAAAAUGAAAGCCAGAAAUGUGAGCCGAGCCUGCCUUCCCCGGCAGACAGCAGAGCGAUUCAGGAACAAGAGAAGGGCAAUCUGCAGGUAACCUCAGUGGAAGAUGCAGAAUGCCGAAGGACAAAGGAACGCCUUUCUAAUGGAAACAACAGAGCUUCAACUUCUAAAUCUGCUCGAAAUAUCCCAAGGAGACACACUCUAGGUGGACCCCGAAGUUCCAAAGAAAUACUGGGAAUGCAAACAUCUGAGAUGGAUAGAAAGAGAGAAGCUUUUCUGGAGCAUCUGAAGCAGAAAUACCCCCAUCACGCCACUGCCAUCAUGGGUCACCAAGAGAGGCUGCGAGACCAGACGAGAAGCCCCAAGCUGUCUCACAGCCCUCAGUCUACCACCUUCGGGGACCCGGUUGAGCAUUUAUCAGAAACAUCUGGUGACUCUCUAGAAGCCAUGUCUGAAGGAGAUGCACCAAGCCCUUUUUCCCGAGGCAGUCGGACUCGAGCAAGCCUUCCCGUGGUGAGGUCAACCAACCAGACAAAAGAAAGAUCUCUGGGGGUUCUCUAUCUUCAGUAUGGAGAUGAAACAAAGCAGCUCAGGAUGCCAAAUGAAAUCACAAGCGCAGACACGAUCCGUGCUCUCUUUGUAAGUGCCUUCCCACAGCAGCUCACCAUGAAAAUGCUGGAGUCGCCUAGUGUGGCCAUUUACAUCAAAGAUGAAAGCAGAAAUGUGUAUUAUGAGUUAAAUGAUGUCAGGAACAUCCAAGACAGAUCACUCCUCAAGGUGUACAAUAAGGACCCUUCGCAUGCCUUUAAUCACAUGCCACAAACGGUGAAUGGAGACAUGAGGAUGCAGAGGGAACUUGUGUAUGCAAGAGGAGAUGGCCCCGGUGCCUCUCGGCCUGGAUCCACAGCUCACCCAGCCCAUGCAAUUCCCAAUUCGCCACCAUCCACGCCUGCGCCCCAUUCCAUGCCCCCCUCCCCAUCCAGAAUUCCUUAUGGGGGCACACGCCCCAUGGUUAUUCCUGGAAAUGCCACCAUCCCCAGAGACAGACUGUCCAGCCUGCCGGUCUCCAGAUCCAUCUCGCCAAGCCCCAGCGCCAUUUUGGAAAGGAGAGACGUCAAGCCUGAUGAGGACCUGAGCGGCAAAAACAUGGCUCUGUACAGGAACGAGAGCUUCUAUGCGGAUCCUUACCUGUACCACGAGGGACGGAUGAGCAUUGCCUCGUCGCACGGCGGGCACCCCCUGGAUGUCCCCGACCAUAUCAUUGCCUAUCACCGCACGGCGAUUCGGUCGGCCAGUGCUUACUGUAACCCCGCCUUGCAAGCAGAGAUGCACAUGGAGCAGUCACUGUACAGACAGAAAUCCAGGAAAUAUCCCGACAGCCAUUUGCCGACCCUGGGCUCCAAAACACCCCCUGCCUCUCCUCACCGAGUCGGUGACCUGAGAAUGAUAGACAUGCACCCUCACAACAAUGCACCCGACCGGGCCUCGCCCAGUCGCCAGUCUUUUAAAAAGGAGCCAGGCACCUUGGUGUAUAUUGAAAAGCCACGGAACACGCCAGGAUUAUCCGGCAUUGUGGACCUCGGGCCUCCUCUCGUUGAGAAGCAAGUGUAUGCCUACAGCACUGCUACAAUCCCCAAAGACAGAGAGACCAGAGAGAGGAUGCAAGCCAUGGAGAAGCAGAUUGCUAGUUUAACUGGCCUUGUCCAGUCAGCGCUUUUUAAAGGGCCCAUUACAAGUAGUAGCAAAGAUGCAUCUAGUGAGAAAAUGCUGAAGACCACGGGCAACAGAAGCCACACAGAGAGUCCUGGAGCUGCUCAGACAUCUGGAGGGAAGAGUCUAGGCACCCUGGAGUCCACGGGGCCUCCCAGCCAGCCCCUGCCUGCCAGCCCCUCAGCCAUGCACAUGAGCCUGCUGGGCAUGAGGCGCAGUGUGGCGGAACUACGGCUCCAGCUGCAGCAGAUGAGGCAGCUCCAGCUGAAGAACCAGGAGCUGCUGAAGGCAAUGAUGAAGAAGGCAGAGUUAGAAAUCAGUAGCAAAGUGAUGGAGACCAUGAAGAGACUGGAGGAUCCCGUGCAACGACAGCGCACCCUAGUGGAGCAAGAAAGACAAAAAUAUCUGCAUGAGGAGGAAAGGAUUGUCAAAAAGUUAAGUGAGCUGGAGGACUUUGUUGAAGACUUAAAGAAAGACUCUUCAUCGGCCAGCCGAGUGGUGACUCUGAAAGAUGUGGAGGACGGGGCAUUCCUCCUGCGGCAGGUGGGGGAAGCCGUGGCCUCUUUGAAAGGAGAAUUUCCGACCCUACAAAACAAGAUGCGCGCGGUGCUGCGCAUUGAGGUGGAGGCCGUGCGCUUUCUGAAGGAGGAGCCACACAAGCUGGACUCGCUGUUGAAGCGCGUGCGCAGCAUGACCGAUGUCCUCACGCUGCUGCGCAGACAUGUCACCGAUGGGCUCCUGAAAGGCACGGAUGCAGCCCAGGCCGCACAGUAUGUCGCCAUGGAGAAGGCCACAGCCGCAGAGGUCUUGAGGAACCAGGAGGAGGCAGCCCAUGCCUCUGGGCAGCAUGGCGCGGGAGUCCCUGGUGAUGUGAAGUCAGAGGCAGUGGCCUUGGCUGCUGGUGUGACUGUGCACCAUGCGCAGAGCUCUCCGGUGGUCAUCCAGCCCUCCCAGCACUCCACAGCCCUGCUGAACCCUGCCCAGAACAUGCCUGGUGGCACAAGUUCCCACACAGCCAGCCCCACAGCAGCCCCACAGGAAGUCACCUCUGUGCUGCAGUCGGCUCCGGUCCCCCAGUCCCCACAGACACCUGUGAAUGGUUCCACCAUACAGAGCUUAUUCAUUGAAGAAAUCCACAGUGCAAGUUCAAAGAACAGGGCAGCAUCCAUUGAGAAAGCAGAGCGGAAAUGGGAAGAAAAGAGGCAGAAUCUAGACCACUACAAUGGGAAACAGUUUGAGAAGCUCCUGGAAGAAGCUCAGGCCAACAUCAUGAAGUCAAUUCCUAACCUGGAGAUGCCGCCAGCCUCAAGCCCACUGCCAAAGGGAGGAGCCCCAGAGGACAAGCGGGAGCUUUCGGAAGACUCUCCAAAUUCAGAACAGGACAUGGACAAGCUAGGGGGAAAGUCGCCCCCUCCUCCUCCCCCACCUCCUCGGCGAAGCUACCUUCCUGGAUCAGGGAUCACCACCACAAGGUCGGGCGACGUGAUCUACACCAGCAGGAAGGAAGGCUCCAGCACUAAGGCAAGCAGUGAUGAUGCCGGAGCAAGCCCACACACUAGAGCCUCUAAGUGUCCCACAGAGGAGCCUGCCUCAGCCUGGGCCAAUUCCCAUCCACCAGUUCCUACUGCCUCCUCAAAAGAUGAGGAGGAGGAGGAGGAAGAAGGAGAUAAGAUCAUGGCAGAACUCCAGGCAUUCCAGAAGUGUUCCUUUAUGGAUGUAAAUUCAAACAGUCAUGCUGAGCAGUCCCGGGCUGACAGUCACGUUAAAGACUCUAGGCCAGGCGCCACAGUCCCACCCACGGAGAAGAAGACACAGGGCAUUUUUGGAGGUUGGAGAGCAAAGCAAUCCCAGAAUUUGGAAUUUUUCCAUGAAGAUGUACGGAAAUCUGGUGUUGAAUAUUCAAAUGGCCCCCAAAUGGAACCUCAAAAGGUUGCCCCGGGGUCUCUAAGACCUACUGACCCUCCUAAGUGGGAAAGAAGAAUGGAGCAGAGUGUUUCUGAUUCAUCAAAAACAUCAGACUAUAAAACUGACAUCUUAAAAAAGGGAAAUUCUAUCUCCCAUAAGAGUUUGUACAGAGACAGUAGAAACUAUCCUCAGAAAAAUGUGCAAACGGUCAAUUUCGGUUUUCCUGGCCUGAAUUCAUUAGAAGAGGAAGUCAACAAAGGAGCAAGAGCCUCGGGACCACUCUUCCCCAGACCUGACCCUGAGAACCCAAAGGUGAAUUACGGAAAGCCAAAAACAAUAUAUGUACAAGGACAAGAAAACACAGACAAGGGUCACAUUCCCUCUCCCCUGCGCUCCACAGAAUUGGUGCCUGGUGACGUGAGAAACCAAGAUCAAGACACUCUCCUGACAGACUUUGGCCAAGUUGUUCUAAGACCCAAAGGAUCUAGGCAUGUGCCUGUGAACGACGAAGGGGAGUCAAGUCCAAGUUCUCCCAGUGAGGAAAAUAUGGCUACUGACAACAUUGCCUUCAUGAUUACCAAAACAGCUGUCCAGGUUCUGUCCAGUGGGGAGGUCCACGAUAUAGUUAGCCAAAAGGGACAAGAGAUCCAGACGGUGACUAUUGAUGCCAAAGAAGAGACCACCUGCCAACAAGAUGGGACUGGGAAUGAGGAGCCUGUUGUAUGCCUAGACAAGAAACCAGUUAUUAUCAUUUUUGAUGAGCCCAUGGACAUCCGCUCUGCCUAUAAGAGACUUUCAACCAUCUUUGAGGAGUGCGAUGAGGAGCUAGAGAAAAUGAUGACAGAGGACAAGAUAGAAGAGGAAGAAGAGGAGGAGACAGGAGAGGCCGGAGUGCAGACUAGCACUUCCCAGCGGCUUCACAAACCCGGGCCACAAGCAGAGAUGAAAUCACAGCCAUACUCCAGGUCCACAGAGAGCAAGAGACCUGGAGGACCGGAAAUGGACAAAAUGGAGCUGAGUCACUUAAGCCCAGCUGAUUCUCCAGAUGCCAAGUGUGAUGUGGCCGAUGAGCAGUUUGAAAGUCCCAAGAAGAAGUUUAAAUUCAAGUUUCCUAAAAAACAACUGGCAGCUCUCACUCAGGCAAUUCGCACAGGAACCAAAACAGGGAAGAAGACUUUACAGGUGGUGGUCUACGAAGAAGAGGAAGAGGAUGGCACAUUGAAGCAGCAUAAAGAAGCCAAGCGAUUUGAAAUCACCAGCUCUCAACCAGAAGACACCCCCAAAAACAUGGCUAGGAGACAUGAGCAGCCCGGUCCAGAGGGCACUUCUCCAAUUUCAAGAACUGAUGAAAUUAGAAAAAAUACCUAUAGAACAUUAGACAGCCUGGAGCAGACCAUCAAACAGCUGGAAAAUACCAUCAGUGAAAUGAGCCCCCAAACCCUAGUCGAUUCCUCCUGCUCUUCCACCAGAGAUUCUGUUACAAGCGCAUCUCAGUUAGCCCCAGAGCCGUCUCCCCGAUCCUUGCUAGUUGUGGACGAAGUCCCCCCUGCCCUAGACCCCCCCACGCCAGUCUCUUCAGCUUCACGUAAGGGCUCCGGUGCCACCCCACAGACGAGCAGAAUGCCAGUCCCUAUGAGCUCCAAGAGCAGACCGGGAAGCCUGGAUAAACCCAGCAAGCAGUCCAAACUCCAGGAUCCCCGACAAUAUCGUCAGGCUAAUGGAAGUGCUAAGAAAGCUGGUGGGGAUUGUAAGCCUACUUCCCCCUCCUUACCUGCUUCUAAGAUUCCAGCUCUUUCUCCCAGCUCUGGGAAAAGCAGUUCUCUGCCCUCUUCUAGUGGUGACAGCUCUAACUUCCCUAAUCCACCUGCUACUAAACCAUCCAUCACUUCUAAUCCUCUGAGCCCCCAAACAGGACGGUCCGCUCACUCCGCCUCCCUCAUCCCUUCUGUCUCUAAUGGCUCCUUAAAGUUUCAGAGCUCCUCUCAUGCCGGUAAAGGCCACCACCUUUCAUUCUCACCACAGACUCAAAAUGGCCGCACAGCCCCCACUUCCUCCUCCACCUCCUCCUCCCCUCCCUCCCCUGCCUCCCCCACCUCCCUGAGUCAGGGUGCCAAAGGCAUCAGAACCAUCCACACUCCGGGCCUCACCAGCUACAAGGCCCAGAAUGGAAGCUCGAGCAAGGCCUCUCCAGCCUCAGCCAAGGAAACCUCUUCAAGGCCAGAGCCAGUUGGUUAGGUACCAAGGUGGAGUUACAUUUUCAGAAAACACUAUUAUUUGUUUCUUUUUUAGCAGUCAACAACAACUGUUUUCACAAGAGAAUGUAACAUAUUGCUGUACUGUUUAAGGCUUAAUGCAAAGUGUGUACUUAAAUACUGGGUUGAUAGAGUUCAGUAAAGCUCAUUUUGAUUUUGUUUUUCCUUGUUGCUGUUGUAACUACGUAGUGUUUGCUGUCUUGAUUUUAAUACCUACCAAAUGAAGUAAGCAUGUGCUCCAAAAAGAGAAAGAGAGAGAGAAAGAGAGAGAGAGAGCUUGCGCCAAGGGGUGGGUGUGUGAGACCAGAAAAUUGUAUUAAGCAUGUAAAACAUGUAUGAUUCCAGAAUUUUAGUAUGUUUUGUAUAAAAAUAUUUUUCACUACGGAGUCUAGAAGUGAACAGAGAAAUAUGUAAGCGCGACUAUAUAAAUUGUAAAACAGAUACUAUAAUAUUUCCUUUUAUUUUCAUGUUAUUUAGCUUUAUUACAGAUUUCUAUUUUUGUCAAAACUUCAUGGUUCCUUUCAAGAUCUUUUUUGCCAAAACAUUUUGAUACUAUAUAGCAUUGUACAUUUGAAAGUAGUGGUCUAGACUAUAAGCCAAUGAUGAUCUUCACAAACCAAUAGAAAAGCACAUGUCAGAAGCAACUAUUGCCCUGUCAUGAAUGUAUGUAUACUAAUUUGCCAGCCCAAGCAAGCUAGUUUUCUUUCCUUUUUUUUUUUCUUUUAACAUUUUGAGGUUUUCUACUUGUUUUCCUUGUGGAAUCUAACCCUUUCCUUUGUUUUCUGAGACCCAAUAUCCCACACUAUUGCACUAAAUGUCGAUUUUAAAAAUGUACACCUCUGUACGGUUCUGCAAAUGGCUCAACUUUUGUAAAUAUAUAAAUAGAGAUUUAAAAGAAAUACUGUAUGUGACAGCACAUAGAGUAGUUUUUCCCACACCAAAGUUAAUUGGUAUGCAUGCUUUAAAAAGAAUAUAGAUUGGGAUGGGCAGAAAUGAGACUAUCCAUACUUUUUUCUUAAGCACCAAGUGAGCACAGCUAGAGUGUUUUUGUAAAUAAAUGUAUUUGUAUAAUGCAGUCAUGUAAAAAUACCGAACUAUGAGCAGAGACUUUGCAAGACUAAAUAAAGGGCUGCAUGCUUCUUUUUUUUUCUUUUUUUUUCUUUUCUUUCUUUCUUUCUUUUUUUUUUUUUUUUUUUUGUACCUUGCUGCUAUACUUCCUAGUCAAAGAACACCAUGUAAUCAUUUCCAAAUGUUUCUGGCUUUGAGAGCAUUAGAAUGACAUUGUAACAGUGCUCAGAAGACAACUUUUCUAAAAGCUCUGGGGUAGCUAAUGAGGAGCUCCUAAUAAAUUAAUUGCAAGUGUGGUUCCUUGGAUGUCA